GGAUUAUGUAGUGGUCUGUAUGUUUAGAUGAAAAUAAUGGUGCUUGUUUUUAUAAAGGAUUUAUGAUAUCCCAUUGGCCGUAAAUAUUUGGUUAAUGAAUAAUUCCAGUUUUAGAAGACCUAUUUAUUCCUUGUGGGUGCUAUCAGUUAUUUGCUUAGAUAUAUGAGAGAUAGGAAUCGAGAAAUCUGGCAAAACGUGCCCCAUUUCUAUUUCUGGUCCGGUAAUUGUAACCUUAAACUGAAAACUGCUUUAUUUGUUUAAACGCCUAAUUUUACACAUAGUAUAUUCACUGGCGUUGUACAUUAAAUUAUACCAGAUUUAUAUAGCGCUCGAAGCGCUUUACAUAGUUCAAAUGCAGCCACACAGGGCGCAUAACCUUAUUUUACUAAUUAUAUUAAAAUUUAACCUUACUGAAGUUAAUAGGAUUAAAACAAGUUGAAAAGGAAGAAGGUUAAGAAAUGAAAAAAAAAAGAGUUUUUUUAAGCCCUACCCAUUAACAGUGGGGGAUGUAGUGUUACCCCUGACUUCGUGUGUGCAUGCAUCUGUGUAUCAGUAUGUUGGUGUGUUUAGAAAAUUGUGCUUGUCUGAGAAUUUUGUUGCGCACGGUCUGAUUUCUAAUUGCUUUGCAAAUAACUGCCAUGACAAGAUGUGUGAUCACCAGACCCAGAUUCCUUGGGCUGAGUAGUUAAGGCCACUGACUUAGAAUCACUUGCGUCUCACUGAUGAAGGUUCGAGCCUCACUCGGGUCAUUGAUUCUUCAUGCGAGGAAGCCAUCCAGCUGGCUUACAGGAGGUCGGUGGUUCUACCCAGGUACCCACUCAUGAUCAAAUAAUGCAUGGAGGGGCACCUGGGGGUCUUCCUCCAUCAAAUCAGGAAAGUUGCCAUAUAACCUAUACUUGUGUUAGAUGCGAUGUUAAACCCAACCAAAAAAAAAAAAAAAUGUUAAAAUGUUUAAGAAAAGAUUAAUUAACAAAUACAACAGUAGUGAUUAUGAUAGAUGUACUUCAUUAGAAUCUGUUAUUCCAAAUAUAAGCAGGAAUUGCAUAUACAUACUUAUUUAGGAAUUGAACUAAGUUCAUUUUAAAAUGAUUCAAAUGGAAAGAUUUCCUUACAUGUAUGAUUGAUGAUUCGUAGAAAUUAUUACAUUUAAUUUUGUUUAAAGUAUUAAACAUGUUAUUAUUCUGUACACCUUAUGGACAAUUUUCUUGCAAUUUAUUUGUGGGCGACCACAAUUAUUAACUUUUAUUUACUUGCUUCACCUUUAUUUAAAUUUGACAUUAAGUUAAUGCACUAUUUAUAAAUAUAUUAAAUAUAUAUUUAAAUAUGUUUAUUUAAUGAACUUUAAUUCUUUAACAAUGGAAUUGUCAGUAGAAGACCGCGGCCGUGUUAUCCGUAACUUAAACAUGUCAGUGUUAGGACAGUGAGCAACGAAGAACACAAAAGCAUUCCAAACAGAUCGGUAGGGCGCUCACUAUAUUGUACUCGGAGCGAGGAGGGUCAGUGAUUUCAAGGUAGACUGGUUGUUAGCUAUUGAACCCUAUGUUCUAGACUGGUUUCGUUAUUCGCACCUAUUUCUGACCAGAUUCUGGAAGACAUUCACAAUGAAGUGCUGGUAGCGAUUUAAGCGACAGUGAUAUUUGGAAAAUAUCGGAAGGAGAGUUACUUGAAGGAUUGAUAGUUUGGACGCUCUCGAGGAGCGGAAUUGUAGUGGUUAGGGAGGAAAAAUGGCGAUAUUAAAGACAUUUUUAUGCAUCUGUAACACAAGAACUGGCAGCCUUGUAUCAGGAUGUUAUACUCUGGCAAUAUCGCUGGUAUGUCUUGUCUACUUUCUGUUCCGGUAUGUCGGUCACAAGCUUGUGGAAGAUUCAGCUGAGUAUAAAGGGAUCAUCUAUGUAGGAUUUGUUCUGUAUGGAUUCAUGAUUGUAUCUUCUCUAGUCAUCAUCCCUGGGGUACAGUUGGACAAACGUUACUUGUUGUUACCCUGGAUCUACAUUGUGAUAUUGGUUGUGUUAUAUGACACGGGCUCUGUAGCUUUACUCACCACUGUACAUAUGGAACGAGAAAAGACGCUACAUGUUUGGGAGAUUGUCUGGUUGUUUUUCUACUUGUUCCGUCUGGCAGCAAAUUGUUACUGUUUCACGUGUGUGGUGUCGCAGUAUCAGGAGCUGUCAGAUGGUCGAGGAACGUACGAUUUUCUUUAUAAACCACGCCGAAGAGCAAGAUUAAGAAGUGGCGGACUGUUUGAUAUUGACACAUUUGAUUUACCAUUUGGUGUUCAUUUACCACCCUAUACAGAAGAAGAUUCCACAGAACAUAGUCCACCCUCUUACAAUCAAAUAUAUCCUUACGCAGAAGAAAAUAGUUCUGGAGAAUCUACAAAUGCUUGUAAUUUAGAUAAUGAACAAAACUGUAUAUGUCAAAUUUGUACACAAAAUUACAUGGAAACAAACGCACAGAAUUGCCAGUGUCAAUCAUGUACACAAAAUUACUCCAUUAUAAGUGCUUCUACGCAAAAUUUUGUUCAAAAUUGUGCAAAUAGUUCCUGCGCUGACGGCUGUGACUGUUGCAGUAUUUCUCCGCACUGCGAAUAUUGCACGUGCUCACAGGAGGCUGCAAAUAAUGCUUACGUUGAUAUCGAAAUUUGUCGUGACCAAAAUUACAGCAGUUCACCUGUGACCAACGCAAACUCGUUAGACAAUAGUGUUAGAUCGAGUCGAACCCAUUGUGGAGUUCUAAGUUACCCAAUUAUAAUUAAAAAUGGAGACAGAACGAUAAACAUGAAUUCCAACAGAAAUGGUGUACUUUCAGGAAAUAUAUCAUAUGGACAAUGUGAGGGAGUCGCAGGCUCGGCACCUGUUACAAGACAUCCAAGAUCGGGGAGAAAUUGUUAUGAAGUCACAGUAAAUUUAGAAUGGAUCUGAUAUUCAUAUAGUUCAUGUACCAAAAAAGUAUUCAUUUGUUUCGUAAGAUAUCCCAAGAAUUAUUUAAUGAUAUUCAGAUUGUAAACAGAAAUUUAUUUACUUGUGAUUUUUGUUCAAGAUGUGAAUUUAUACUUCUGAUUUUAUUGAUUCAGAUCUCAAAUUCAUAAAAGCAGAAAAGAAACUAAUAUAGGGAUCAGUUUUGGCCCAUGUAUUUUUUUUUUCCAAAACUGUAUCUGUGAAAUAAAACAUUUGAAGCACAAGGCAAUAUGCUAACUUAAUGAAUUACUGACCAAAUUUUUCUUGAAUGUAAAAUUUUGGUGAAAAAUAUCACUUUUUAGCUGUUCCCAAUUUGUGUAUUUUUCAACGCGUAUCUGUUUUGAAAAAUUAAAAUUUUGAUGUUUGUUAGGAGGCAUGCGCCUUUAAAAUACUUCUUAUUCAAAUUCAGUUAACAAAAUGUCAUAUUAAGAAACAAAUUUUACAUUAACUGUGUCAGAUGUAACGAUUUCAGUUCUGUCUCAUUUUACCUGGUAAUUUGUAUUUAUGCACAAAGGCCAGUAAUUUAUUUUAUGACAUAAUAUUUAUGUAAGUGCUAUACUUGCCAAAGGUAUUCAUGUGUAUGUAUGUGACCAUGACUGCCAAUGAUAUUCACUUGCUUUUAUGUGACCUUGAUAUUUUAAUAUAAUGCAGAAAGCAAAAUUUAUAUGACUGCUUUCCAAGCAAAAUUUGGAUGACCACUUACCAAGCAAAGUUUUAAUAACUGCUUACCAAGCAAAAUUUGGAUGACCACUUACCAAGCAAAGUUUUAAUUACUGCUUACCAAGCAAAAUUUGGAUGACCACUUACCAAGCAAAUUUUUAAUGACUGCUUACCAAGCAAAAUUUGGAUGACCACUUACCAAGCAAAAUCUAUAUGACUGCUUUCCAAGCCCAGUUUGGAUGACCACUUACCAAGCAAAAUUAUGUGACUGUAUUCCAAGCAAAAUUUGGAUGACUACUAACCAAGCAAAAUUUAUAUGACUGCUUUCCAAGCCGAAUUUGGAUGACCACUUACCAAGCAAAAUUUGUAUGACCACUUACCAAGCAACAUUUAUAUGACUGCUUUCCAAGCCCAAUUUGGAUGACCACUUUCCAAGCAAAAUUUGUAUGACCACUUGGCAAGCAAAAUUUAGAUGACCACUUACAGCACAAAGCAAAAUUAUAUGACCGCUUAGAUGACAACUUACCAAGCAAAAUUUUGCUCAGGUUUUAGCCGAGUUGUAGCAAUGUUUGUGAGCUAUUGAAAUUUCUUCUUCUUCUAAUUACUUCUCUCCUUUAUAACUUUGAAGAUAAUACUUAAAAGGUCACUUUGAUAUGAAAAUAAUGCUAAUGUAUCUGUUAUGUGGUAAUAUAAACGGUAUCUGUUAUGUGGUAAUAUAAACGGUUUUAUUUCAGUAAAUGUUGUAACAACACAGUGAUCAUGAUUCAUUGUAUUGUUGAGUUAUUUGGAUGUUUUUUAUUUUAAAAGAUAACAAUUGUUAAGUCUUAAAAAUGUUAGUGAACUGUUGUGAAAAAUUAUGAUUUUGAAACUGAGAAAUAAUUUUGAAGUUGUUACAAGUUGUAUCGCAAGUUUGACAGUGCUUUCAAAGUUAUAAACAAAAAUAGAUUGGUCAGCCAAUCAGAAUCUAUAUAUUAAAUUGAAUUAAUGUACUGAUCAGUCAGAUGAGGCAAAUUUUAAAAUGGUAUUGUCAUUGUACAAAUAAUUCAUUCAUACGAAGGGCAAUAACUGAAACUUAUUUAUGAUUAUAUGAUGUUUUGAUUGUCUCCCUUGUCUUUCUUAAAAACUGCAAUAGAAACACCAUGCAUGAUUGUGAUAAAUUAAAUAAUUAAAAUAUUA